UGCGGGGGCGGGGGCAAGGAAAGCCGAGCCCUGUGCUCCAGUUUUCGAGCCGAACACUGAUGCCACCGCCGCUAGUGGGUGACUGUCAUGGCAUCUAUUAAUAAAGGGGGAGACGCAGGAAGAAGAAACGAGGGAAUCCGCAUCCGCCAGUCCGCUGCGAGGAUGAUCCCGCGCGCACGUCACGCCGAACAACAAAGCCGCAACUUCCGAUAGACCCAGACGCCCCUCAUCCACGCGUUCAUCCGCCUCCUCCGGGCUGCUUUUGUCUCCUUCACCUUUUACCCCGCUCGGCUGCCGGAGCUCUGCCUCGGCUGGCGCGCGUGUUUGCGGUCAUCCAUCCGCGCAGGCGACCGAGCUUGUUGGUAAACACACGGAUCCCGGCGGCGAGGACUCCCUGGCGCAUUGAUGCACCCGUUCCAGUGGUGUAACGGGUGCUUCUGUGGUUUGGGAUUGGUUUACUCCAACAAGUCGUGCACCAUGCCGCCCAUCACCUUCCAGGACCUGCCCCUCAACAUCUACAUGGUCAUAUUUGGAACAGGCAUCUUUGUCUUCAUCCUGAGCCUCAUCUUCUGCUGUUACUUCAUCAGCAAACUACGACACCAAGCUCAAAGUGAACGCUUUGGAUACAGAGAGGUAAUUUUAAAAGGAGAUCCCAAAAAAUUAAGUCUUCAUGGGCAAACAUGCGCCGUCUGUCUGGAGGACUUUAAAGUGAAAGACGAGCUGGGAGUGUUACCAUGCCAACAUGCUUUUCACAGGAAGUGCCUGGUAAAAUGGUUAGAGGUGCGCUGUGUCUGUCCCAUGUGCAACAAGCCAAUAGCUGGACCUCCAGAGCAGCAUCACAGCAUAGGGACUCUACUAGAUGAACUGGUGUGAUCCUAAGGCCAGCGGUCAGCCUCACCCGCCAGGAGAAGGGAACACCUCUUUGCCGUUAAAAAAAAAGCACCAACAUUGUGAUCACAAUUUGGGGUAACCUAGUUACCACCCGGAGAAAGACUCUUAAGAGAUGCAGUUGCCUAGCAACAACCUCUGUGAACGCAACACAACACCUUCAAAUGUCUGAGAGAUUAUCUUCAGCCGCCCACUCGUUACUCCACAUCUUCAUUCAAGUUCCCCCUCUUUUGCACCCGUUCUUCUCCCUCCGUUGCUGCCGUCUGUGAGGUUAGCGGCACCGCCGGGGGAGGUUCUUUCACUGCGAUGGAUGAAAGGCGUCAGCGAGAGGCACCGUGGGUCUUGCAUGUCACGGUUGGCACAGGCAUGAAAUGAUGCCCAUAUCAGCGGAAACACCAGCAGACACUCUGACAAACCCUUCAGAUGAGGGGAUUUGGGAAACACUACAUACGGACAAAUGUAGCCUCCUUUGCUCCUGUGAGAAGCCCAAGACGGAUUUUCAGACUUUUAAAAGUAAACGUAGAGAGCUAAGCAAAUAACACUGCAGUGAGAGUAUUUACAGGUUUGACCUAAAACCUUUUUAAAAACAACAAAAAAAAAAUGAAAAUAAUGUAGAUUUUUGCCUUUUUGACAUUUUUAUCAUGUCUUAUUUCCAUUGCUAGACCUCUUUCCAUAUGUAGCAAAUGUCGUUAUUAAGUCAAAUCAACUAAUUUCUUCUGACUUUAUGUGAAUUCACGUUUCUUGUUAUCUAUUUUUACGCAGAAAGGCUAUUGUCUUAAUCGAAACAUAACUUUUCUGUUGGCAAAACAUUAUUUCCUAAAUGUUGCACUUUGAAAGGAGAAAAAAAGAGAGAUGUUGUCAAUUUUGAAUGGUAGACCACAGAACAGCAGAUCAUCUGUUUUCAAUUCAGCGAAGUGAAGUAACUGGGAGAUAAAGACGGCCCCCGUGCAACCCUUCGCAGGCCUUGAAGGCUUCGUUUUUGGAAGCAGAGCAGCAUUUUUGUGGCAUUAUUGCAUGUAAUUCCCUUUUUUUUUCAGUCGUGGGGUGGAUUUUUCUUGAAGCAAAACACUGCCUAAAUUGAGCACAAAAACUCACAGAGCACAUUGUCCAGACAGACAGAGCACUGUACAAAGAAAAAUGUUCAUGAGCCACGAAAAAAAGGUCAAUAUUGUCGCGUUUCCUGCACGCGGGAAAGACAAGUGUUACUCGGACUCCGACCACAUUCCACGUUUUGUAAGCCAACAGAUGUACAUAACUUGAAACGGUAAUAAAGUUCUCUGUUUGCUCAGCA